AUGCAGUCGAAGAAAUCAUCAGAAACGCCAAUGCUGCCCUCUCGGCACAUGCUUGCCCGGGCACAUAUCCCUUCCAACCUGAGCAACCAAUCUGCCAUGGAGGCCUACCGCGCCUACCGUGACCGCGUCCGUCAGCCUUUCCUUCAGCGCUACGCCGUCUUGGGGUUCCUCAGCUCUGGCACCUACGGAAGAGUUUAUAGUGCCCGAGUUCGCAAGCAGCACGAAGAAGGCGGAAGCUGUGCAGACGGGAGAGACAAGAAGACCACCUCCGCUUCCUCCCGCACCGCCUCUGAAGAUCCACAAGAAGACCCGCUCACCAUGGUCGCACGCGCCGAAGAGACGGGCGAGGAGAUGUAUGCGAUCAAAAAGUUUAAGCCAGACAAAGAGACCGAGCAGCCAACGUACACGGGCAUUAGCCAGAGUGCGAUGCGAGAGAUUGCGCUAAACCGAGAGCUGCGGCACGAGAACAUUGUUCGUCUGCGCGAGGUGAUGCUCGAGGACAAGGCAAUCUAUAUGGUCUUCAGUUACGCCGACCAUGAUUUCCUUCAGUUGAUCCACCAUCACAGUACCGUCCUGCGUGUGCCCAUCCCGCUGUCGGUGCUCAAAUCGCUACUGUACCAGCUGCUCCAAGGCGUCGCGUACCUGCACGCCAACUGGGUGCUGCAUCGCGAUCUCAAGCCGGCCAACAUCCUCGUCACGUCGCACGGCCAAGUCAAGAUCGGCGACCUGGGCUUGGCACGCGUGUACAGUGCCCCGCUGCUACCGCUGUACAAUGCCGACAAGGUCGUCGUAACGAUUUGGUAUCGCGCGCCGGAGCUGCUCCUUGGCGCGCGACACUACACGCCCGCGAUCGACCUGUGGGCCGUCGGAUGCAUCUGGGGCGAGCUUCUCGCGCUGCGGCCGAUGUUCAAAGGCGAGGAGGCCAAGAUGGACCCCAAGACGAAGGCGGUGCCGUUCCAGACGGACCAGCUAACGCGCAUCGUCGAGAUCCUCGGCACGCCUACGCCAGAGCGCUGGCCCGGUAUCGGCACCAUGCCUGACUACAAGACUUGGUGGCCGCACCUCGGCCUCGACAACUAUGCCGAUCGCCUGCAGCCGUGGUACACGUCGCGCUCGCGCCCGCAGACAGGCAACCCGGCUGGCUUUGACUUGUUCGAGUGCCUCCUGACGUACGACCCGGCCAAGCGGCUCACCGCCGAAGAGGUGCUGCAUCAUCCGUGGUGGAAAGAGUCGCCUACGCCGACCCUGAAUGCAUUUGCGGAACUGCCGAGCUUGGGCUACACGUACCCUAGCCGUCGGAUGCUGCCGCUCAACACGGAUGGCGCGGACGCCUCAAUGGCUUUACGAGUGCCACCACACGCAAAAGCGCAAGAACAAGCCUCCAAACGACCGCCUUCGAUCCCACAAAAUUUAAUUGAUCACGCCAUGGGUCGAAACUUGACAGCACAGCAAGCCAGUGCCGCAGCGCUGAUGCUGGUCGCUGCAAAGCAGCAAGCGCAACAACAACAACAGCAACAACAGAAGCAAGCUGCGCCCACACAGCAAGCACCGCAACCACCAUCAGCCAGCACGAUGGAGCAUUCCAGCGGCGGUGCGGGGAGGUCGGGCAUUGUGGAAAACGCCAUGGCAAACGACCCGAGCAUGAUUCUCGCGUCGGCCGUCGCGAUGGAACUCGCAGCUGGCGUCAGAGACACGGGCGCAAGAGACGCUUCUGCCUCGCAGCGAGCAGCAGCGCAGGAUCUGGUCGCAUCCUCUCAGCUAACUGCGCAACUGCAGGCCACAACCGGCACGGCGAGCCUUGGCUUGCUCAACGCGAUCCCGCAGGGACCGUCUGCCCCACCGCCUGCGCCGAUUUCUGCCGCUCCGAGCGUCGGCAGCUCUGGCCCUCCGGCCGGAGCUAGCGAUGGAGGCGCCGGCGGAAGCGUUGGAGGUGGCAGAGGCACAUCGAGUGCCGGCAACGGUUCUGCUGCUGGACUCUGGAAGGGACCGUCAUCGAAUGAUAUGCGGUCCACAGCUACGAGCAACGCGAGCAUGCAGCGCAACAAGCGGCAGAAAAUAAAUUAA